UGUUACGUUGCAUUUUUAUAAGGUCUUUCCCUAACGUGUUGGUUUAAUGAUAUUCGUUACGGGACUUUAUUAGGGAAAUAUGAAAUGCAUCACCACACGUUAGCGUUGGAGUUAUUUGUCAACAGCCGAAAAUAAGAAAAACAAACAACAAGCUACAACUUCAUUUAAAAAAACACUUAACUAAACAGAGCUUGGGAAAGAAAUACUACCAACAAAAUGUAUACAAAAACUGAUGAAAGAGUGUCUGGAGUUGGGAGUUUUUGUUUAAACACUAACACUCGUUUUCGUAUUCGUAUUCGUACUCGCACUCUUACUCAUUCCACAUCUUGCUGAUAACUGAAUUAUUGGCAACAGCGAUCACUGCGACAGCAGCAGCAACAACAUCACGGCAAACGACGACAACAACUACGACGACGACUUGGCUAAAAGGAAACAAAAACUGGCUUCGUUAGUUGAUUGUCAUCCGCCGUCGCGAGUUGUUUGCAAAACGUCAAACCCAUAAUUUUCGUAUGAGAUGUCAAGGUGAUGCGCGUGUGCAAGUACGCGAUAAUGUUCAUAAAGAAACAGAACAACAGAAGUUUGACAAGUAUUUUUUCGACAUAACCCCGGAAGAAUGAUGAAUUAUUUUUAUACUUGUGUUUAAAGUUCAACUAUUGUCAAAAGAACAGAACACAACACUCACGCUCUGUUCUAACACCAGAGUUUACAAAAGUGUGUUAAAUAUUGUGUAAACGAAAAAAAAAGAUCAAUUACCCUAGUGCAAUAGUGUUCUUAAUUAUUUAGAAAAAGCCCUUAACCCAAUAAAAAUAUUGAUUAAAAUCCAAAAAAAUAUCUAAAACGAAUAAAUAAAAAAAGAUGGGUACAAAAUCACCGGGUGGACCUCAACGUUGUCGUUUAAUACUUAAACAAUGUAUUGCGGUGCAAUUAUCGAAACCAGGUCAUACACUUGAUGAUUUUUGGAUGUACGAUUCUGGCUACAUGGUUUUUCAGAAUUUCUUGUCUGCAAAUGCACAAUGUUGGUGGAAUGCACCUUUAACGGCGGCUACACGAGCACUCAAAUACGCUGGUCAUGUAGCGCCAGGAAUGCUAUUAGUCAGUGGAGAACCAUGUGCCUUGGAGGUAGUAAGAGGUGCAUAUGCCAGAAGUGUUCUAAAGCCGCCAGCGACUUAUGUCAUCAGUUCAGUUGGUGACAUUGACGAUUGCAUUGUGACACCAAUUAUGCAAGGCCAGUUUACUCCAUUACCUGAAGCUCUUUGUGAUGUUAUUAUGGAUCUGACGGCUGAAGGUCAUUCGGCAACUAUUGAAAAUAUUCGUACAAGAAUUGAAGUGCGCUUUCCACAUAUGACUCCACCCUCAAUUGAAGUGAUUUAUGAUUCUUUGGCACAACUAAUGCAGGAACAAAAAAUCUAUCAAACAGCAAAAGGUUACUUCAUUUUAACACCAGAGCGCCGACGCAGCCGUUCACGACCUCGUAGUCAUCAUAAUGGUUUUAUGGAUUUAGAUGAAUCAACUGAUAGUGUUCCCCAGGAACCGCGCACCAUGUUGAUGACUAAUGCCGAAGCUUUGCACUCGUUAUAUGGUGAAAUUUCAACAGAACGUGAUGGUGAUUUGACGCAUCAGUGCAUUCAAACUAAUUUAGCAGAUGUGAUAUGCGGUGGCAAUUCAAAUGACAAAAUUCUUUAUCCUCGAACAUCGAAACGAAGAAGUUCUUCUUUCCCCACACCACGCAGUCUAGAGAGAAGACACAGUUUACGGCUCUUUGGUUCAUCGAAACGUUUACAGAGAUGUGCCUCUACAAGAAGUCUAUCAAAAACAUAUGCACAAACUUUAAAUACAGAUAGUAGCAGUUCGGAAUACCAAAGCACAGAUUCUUCAUCACCAAAAAAAGGAUCUUUGCUAUCACGACUAUUUCGUCGAAGUGGGCGAAAUAAGGCGCGACAACUUGAAACUUAUUCCGGCCAAUUUCCUCCAGCUGAGUGGUUUAACUCUAAAGCUGUACACUUACAUAGUGUGGGCACACAGACACAAGAUCAUGAUAUGCCAACAAUACACACACUAUCGAAUUCGACAUUCUACGAUGGUUCCGAAUUGAGUCAACGCUCAUUAACGCUGCCUCGACGACAUCGACGUAAUUUAUCCAGUGAAUCGACAUUUUUAAUAUCGUCUCGCGAUUGCUCGCCAAUACGAAGACGGUCACCCGCUUAUUGUAGUAGUUCUUUGCCCAGAUCAACGCAAUCAAUACCAGCAACGGCGAAUGGCAACAGUAGUACCGUAGCAGGCACAAAAGGCAAUCAAUCGGCGGCCACAUUAUCGGCACGCACCAGUACACCCUACAAAAGUUCACAAAAGUCUAUACAAAGUGGAUCGGUGGCUCGACAUAUGUUGGAGCACUCACCUUCACGAAGCGCCAACUCUUCACAAAAGUCAACGAACUCCGGGAGCAGAAGUCAGGAAACUAGAAAUGACUAUCGCAUGUGGCAGAGUGGUCCUUCUAGUUUGGAGUCGGGCAAAACUUCUCUAUAUCCUUCAGGUCCUUCGAGUAUUGACAGUGGUAAAGUAUCAUACAACAGAACAAGCGGUCAUUCUAGUCUUGAAUCUCAACGUUCGACAAGCUCAACGGUAAUACAACCCAGAUCUAUAAUCAUGCUUAAUGGCUCGCCUAGAGGGACACCUAGACAUCAAAUACUAAGAGCUAGAAAUGCAGAGCAAGUUAUGCGAAAUCAGUCUUCCACUACUACCAGCACCUCCUUCCCCAUAAAUGAAACUAGGUCCACAAAUAGUAGAGAUACUUCUAAUUCUGAGAAAGCGGAAAAUGCUGCAGCAAUUACCAACUCGACUUCAAAUAACUCCAUAACACUUAAAUUAACCACCUCCAACGAUGGUCAGCAUAAUCUUCCCAAUACAAAAAUUGUGGUACAAAACACUCCAGCCCAUAGUGUUAUCACUUUCGAAAAUAGCAAAUUAACAGAAAAUUCAAAUGUUUUUAUCAUUAACAAUGAAACCACAACCAACGAAAGAGGAGAAAUUAUUAGAAAAACCUUGUCCAAACAACACAUGCCAGCAAUGCAGCAACCGGCAACUGAUAGACCAGAGAAAAGCAACCAUCAGUCAACAGAAACUGUUAGCGAAAAGAAAUCAUCGGAAAAUGGCUCCUGUCGAGAGUCCGAUGCAGAUACGCUGUCAUGUAUGAGCACGUUAUCAGCCGACAAGUCUAAUGAUACCAACAACGAAUUGCCAAAGUUUUCCAAAAAUAUUUUUAAUGAUAAUACGACAACCAUGAACAACAGUCGUAAUAUGGGUUUACCACUACUACCCACAAAUACUGGUCAUUUAAUUUAUAAAAACAAUGUGCUCAAGAACUCCGACUCACCCGUCCAGUCACCAAGCGAAGAGAAAAGUCUUUCAGUGGUAGAAUUAUCAAAGCCUAAAGCAGAUAUUACAGGUUCAGUGGGCAAUUUAAGAUUUUAUGAAAAAAACUCCAAGGACUCGUUGGCUAAAGCCAUCAAUUCCAAUUGUGAGUUAAACAACUUGCGCUACGAAUCUUCCACGCUUUUGGCAAAAAAUGAUAACCUCAAUUCCAAUACAUCAUUAAGUGGUGGCAGUUUGGUGCAGAUACUACAAAAGAACAGCAUUUCCCUUGGUAGUGAACCCAAUUUGGCACAAAAAGAUACCAAUUGCGCUACAACGACAGACAAAUCAAUACGAAAGGAUACCCUCGAUCGUCGUCUAAGUCUUUCUAAAGAUCACUCCUCCGAAGCCGAGGAUCUAUUCAACUUUCCCAGCCUAACGGAUUUGUCUUUUAAUUUCACCUCAUUAGCAGCACAAAAAAUAUUACAGGGUGUUAGCUUAAAUAGCAUAGAUACAUUGGUGGAAUUAAAUAUGGCUGCAGCAGCUGCAGCGGCUGCUGCUGCCGCGGCUGCCAAUAACACGAAUGCGUCAGCAAUGGAAAAACCACAAAAUAAUCAACCCACAUCUGUAUGUACAGAUUUCGGUCUAGUUUAGCUUUAAACAUACAACAAUGUAGUGAGUGAGUGUGGCACACAACAGCAAGAAUUAAUGAGAUCAUAUUCAAUAGAAAUAAUUAAAUACAUUAGAUUUUAGUCAAUGACCAAUGUGAGUAAAACAAGUAGAAAUACAAACAUACAUAGAACAUUUACAUAUACACCAUACUUUUGGCACAUUUGCGUAAACUGUUAGAUAUAUAAAAUUAUUCCCCAAAACACAAUAUCCACAAUAUUUAUCUAAACUAAGAAGUAAAUUUAACGUGUUACCAAACAUAGAAAUCCCAAAAAAAAGUAUUGGAAAACUGGGAUCUUAAGACAAUAACAUACGUAUUAAACAUGUAAAUAUUUUAAUGCAAAAAGUUAUACCAAUCAGCAUUUAGUAAUCUAUAACAAAUUAAAUAAUAACUUUAUCCAAAAUGUUAACAAAAAUAACAGAAUCCUCAUACCGUUAAAAUCCCUUGUUAAGACAAUUUCAGUAUAUUAGAGGAUUAUUUGGCCAGUAAACUUUUUUUGUUCUAAAAGGAUCAGUUAAAAUUUGAAUAAUAAACUAUUAGUGCCAAAAUAUACAUACACAAUAUAUUAAAUAACGAAUAAAUUAGUAUAAUAUGAUUGCAAUAGCUUCACUUUUUAGUCAAUAUUUAUAAAUAAUCAGGCUUCUCGCUCAGAUAUAUCUUAUUUGAGGUAUUUGAGGAAAUAUGCAGGAGGAAAUUUAUAAUGUGGAUACAUUUGACUCAGGAUUCAACUUGAAAAUUCAAAAUUAAACUUGCAUUUAUUUGUUUAAACUUAAUAUAUGCACCUUAAAACCAUAAGUGAAAUAAAUUUUUUCGAAAGAAAACUUUAAUGCCAGUUGUAGAAAUAAAAUCAAUAUUAAAUAGAAUAUCCCAUAUACACACAUAUAUCCCCUAUAGAUUUUAUAUAAAAUUUUGUAUAUAAUUAAAUUACUUAUGUAUAGUAUAUAUAACACAAAUAAUUUAAGUAGUAUUACGCGACAUGUAAUGAACAAUAAUAAAAUAAUGAAAAAAUAUAUAAACAUAAUUCAA